AUGAAUUAAUCGAAUGCUUCAUCGUCAAGUGCAAAGUUUUAGAGUGCUAAAUAAUAUUAACUAGAAUCCAUUAAGGUAAAGGAGUAAUAGGAUUAAACAAUAAAUUCAGAAGGAGAUCUAGAAUCUGAGUUUAAUUAGGAUGAAUUCAAUUAGAAAUAAAAUAACAUUUAAAGGAUUUAGAAAUUUGAAGCUUCAGAAUAGGAAGUAGUAUCUAUAGAGGCAAAAAAGGAGAUAGUAUAAGUAGAACAAUUAAAUACUGAGACAUAAGAAGAGAAACCAUUAAAUUUAAAUUUUGUGGGAAUACCAUCAAAUUAAAGAAACAAUCUUUAGACAUAUAAAUCAUCAAAUAGAAAACUUAUACCAAUAAAUUAGCAUAGUCUUAGUUAAUCAAUGAUAUCAAAUAUGACAUUACAUAAUAAAGGAGCAGGUUUUCGUAAAAUAAAUGCAUUCUAUUAUGAUAGAAUAGGAGAUUAGUUAAGUUUAAUAAUAAUGGAGAACAAGAAUGUAAUAAAAUUUAUAGCAAAAGAAACAGUAAUUCCUCUAUUGAUAGCAUUUGUGAUUGAAGUUUUGAUUUUAGUUAUUUAGAAUGAGAUUGGAGAGUAUUGUUUUAUUGAUGGAAUUGAAUGUUCUAGUUAUUGGGUUAGAUUAUGGUCAUUUUUCAAAUAAUAGAUUGUAAGAUUAUCAUUAAUAAUAAACAGCUUUUUAAAUUGGGAAUGGUAUUUUGUAAGGGUCAUAUUUUGUACUAAUUGGUAUUAGGAAAUAGAUUAGUUUAAGCAAAAAAUGGAAGACCUUUGAUGGAAUAUUUUGUUUUAAUACUAAUGACAGUUUUAACAGAUUUUAUUAUGAUAUUUUGGGUUGGAUUUAAUGAAGAUUGGUUGUUUAUAAUUUAUGUAUAUAUCCUUGGUUCUGUUGUAUUUUUUAAUACAUUUAGAAUGAAGACUUGGCCAGGUUAUCUUUUAAAAGGUUUGAGUUAUUUUUUAUAUGAUUUAACAAUAAUUGGAUUACUAUUUGCAUGUUUUAAACUAUUUCCUUAUAUAAAAUAAUCAUUCAAAGAAAUCAAUAUUGUUGCUUGGGAUGAAUAUUAUAUGUUUCUCUAUGCUUUUUUAGACUUAGGUAUGGAAAUAUUCAUGGAUUUAUCACUUUCAAUAACAAAAUAUAGCGAAUUAUAUAUUUAUUAAGGUUAAUUGUUAAUAAUAGGUACAAGAGUUGGAACAUUGAUUUAAGCUGAUAUGGCAAGAUUUGAUUUUUGGUUUUGUUUAUUUUUCUUAAUAAUGUUUAGAAUCAAUAAUAUAUCAAUGGUGUUUACUGUAUUUUUAAGAAGAGUGAUAUAUUAUGCAACACCUGAUAGUUUAAAACCUUUUGUAUCUAUGGAAGAGACAAAUUUAACUAGAAAAGGUAAGAAUGGGGCAUGUUGGGAACAUUUAUUUUGGAUUGUAUAUUAUUAUAUGUUCAUCUUUUCAGGUAGAACUUUUACUUAUUGGGUUUUUGAUAAAUCAUAUAUCUCAAAUGGUAAAUUCGAGACCAACAUUUGGGAUAGAUAUGAAAAAUCAAAUUAUAUGCCUGUUAUAGUAUGGGCAUUUUUAUUGAUACCUGAAUAUGUUGGAUAUAGAUUGAAUAAGUAAAAGAAUUAUGACAAUAUAAAAUUAUUGGGAGGGAAUCAACUAAAAUUUUAUGAAAACUUAUUCAUAAGAAUUUUAGGAACAUAUCUAUUUAAUUUUGCCUUGAUGAGUAAUUUAAUUUGA